CGAAGUUCUCUAGACGUUUUGCAUCACUGUCAGUGAAAAUAAACAUCAACAUUAUUCGAAGGAUUUCCAACUUGGAUUCCUGCGAAUUUUAACAAAUUUUGCAAAAACCAAUUCUGCGGACAGCUCAAUGGCGCUGUCCAAUGUACUCAUACUUAGUCAAGUGGCAGGGCAUGUGAUCGCACUAAUCCUUUCCCUGUGCAUCUUCAUUCCACUGUCGGUUCACGUUCAUUCGUUCAACGGUCAUUGUUUGCUUUUUGCUUCCGGAACAUGGCAGGAAACGAAUGGCCUCUUCGAUGUUAGGUGGGCUUCGGAAGCAUAUUGCACUUAUCCUAUACUGGUUGGAAUACAACUGUUCGUCAUAUCCGGAAUUCAAAUAUAUCGCUUGGCUAUUCUAGUUUAUAGGGAACUAGAUAGCUCUUUCCUGGCCCUGUUUUUUGAUGUAGUAUUCAGCAUUAGUCUUUGUGUAAUGACAAUCAUUGCUGCGAUAAUCAUCACCCUCGGAUUCUUGACCUGGUGCAGUCAUAUGACCGAACGUUUUCCAUCAUGUGAAAUUGCCGAUGGCCAGAACAUCACCAACACCGAGCUGAAUGUUCGGACGUCUGGGUUCUACAUUGAAAUGGGAACGGCACAGUUUGGCGCAUGGGCCUCCUUUGCGAUUUGGGUAGGAUUGUCGGUGUUCGCACUGCUGAAGCUUAUCAACAACCAUCAAUUGCGCAACCUGAAGGUCUCGAUGUAUAUCGAACGUCAGCGGUUAGUCAACGAGGAUGUGUACAGGGGAACCACCUCGGAACUACCGACAGGAACCGGUUCGAUUGCUGAAUCGCCCAGCGAGAAUCCACUUGAUUGAAUUUAUCCAUGUGUUGUACCGAAUAAAUUGUAAUUUCGAAUAAGCAUACGUAUAAUUCGGGGCGAUAGUCUAAACUAGAUCGAUAAAAGCAAUACUCGUGGCCGAGUGUUCAAAUGUUGGUAGAACAGCUGUCACUCGUAUGCCGGAGUAUUAAUUAUUUUCGAGUAUAAAUGCAUAUAUGCAAAUUCACUGCGCCAAUUGGCCGAUCGGCAAUGUUACUAUGCAUUCCGAGUCGGUAUGGCAUGUGCUUAUUUGUUAUGCUUUGACCUUAUGCUACUUGUUCUAAUGUAUUCUUCCAACGCAUGGAACUGAUCCUGGUUCAAUAUAUGUAUGUGAUGUAUAUGAUAAAUGAUAUUCAAAUUGUUAUUCAAUAUAAAUAUUAUUUAUAAAGUGUAAUUUCUUUUUACAUUCGACUUCAAAAA